AUGCCGUUUUAACCUCCGGGAAUGGCGUUUUGUUUGUGUGGCAUAUGGUUCCUCGUAGAAAUUUUAGGAAAUAAAUUUCUCAGCGUCGUAAACAUGUAUUAACAAAUUAUUACUCUCUAAUUAUUAAACAUACCACGUUAUCACCGUGGUUUUUAGUAGUUAUACGCAUUUUGUGAUAUGAGUGAAGAUAUCAAUGAUAUAGAAAUGACAAGUACGGAAGCAGAUUCUUCUCAAACACACGGACAUGAAGCGACUUGUAGCACAAAUGCUGAGGAGACCGCGUCGAGUAGCACGUCGGCCAGCACGGAGGGACAGGCCUCACGGCAGUCCAACUUGCAGAGGAUACAGCAGCGAAAGCAGCAGGUGUACAGCUGGCCACACAACAAGAAACUGCUUAAACUGGCUAUAUACUCCGCUUGUCAGACUCCGGAUUGCAACUGUAACGGCUGGAAGACUCCUGUGCCACAGCAGGCCACUAAGGGCAACCAGCGCACUGACAACCUGCCACUAGCCAGCUUCACCGACCCCUGCCGCAAUUGCAAUCACAUCCUAGAGAACCACAUAACCCAGCUGAAGGGUCUCCCCGUGCCGGAAGUGAACCGCUUGCUGGGUGCUGUGGUCGACGUGGAGAAUAUCUUCAUGUCUAUGCACAGAGAGGACGACCACGACACCAAGAGGGUGUACUAUUACCUGUUCAAGCUGCUCCGGAAGUGUAUCCUGAGCCGCACGCCGCCGCGCAUCGAGGGCCCACUGGGCCAGCCGCCGUUCGAGCGGCCCUCCAUCGCGAAGGCCAUCACCAACUUCGUGCUGUACAAGUUCCAAGCGCUGCCGCAGCGGGAAUGGCAGACCAUGUACGAUCUGGCCAAGAUGUUUCUGCAUUGCUUCAACCAUUGGAACUUCGAGACGCCUAGUGUUAGGAAAUUGCAAGUUUCUAAUCCCGAAGACAUAUCUGCAUACCAAAUUAAUUACACGAGAUGGUUAGUAUUCUGCCACGUGCCAGCGUUCUGUGACUCCCUGCCACACUACGAGACAUCAUUAGUCUUCGGGAGGACUCUCCUCAGAGCGGUGUUCAAGUCAGUGUGCAAGCAACUCAUGGAGAAAUGUCACUCGGAGCGGGACAGGAUGCCUCCUGAGAAACGGGUGUUGGUCCUCACUCACUUCCCCCGCUUCCUGGCUCUCCUGGAGGAGGAAAUCUACAGCGCCAACUCUCCGAUCUGGGACCCCGAGUACAAGCAACAACCACCCACACAUCUGCAGGCCAUACUCGACAACAAAACUACGAGUCGCCGCGGAGAGUUCGAGCGAGUGACCACUAGUGGUGAUAGUAAGGAUGGAUUCACCACUGUAUCUCUGUCGUCAGGUACAAUAAAACAAGAGGGCCUGAAACGCGGCCUAGAAUCCCGGUCAGGUGACCCCCCCUCCGCGGCCAAGCGGCGGCGGGUGGCGGACGAGGGGGGGGAUGACGUCAGCGAACACACUGUCGCCGAGAUCGUGGCCACUAUAAAUGACCCCAACUAUAUGUGUGGGCCUGACGCGCUGUUCCAAAUGCAAGCGCCCCGCGACGAGGCGGCCAAAUCCGAGGAACACCGCAAGAUGAUCGAGUUCCACGUCAUCGGGAACUCGCUCACCGGCGCCGUGGACAAGCAGACCAUGCUGUGGCUCAUCGGAUUACACAACGUAUUCUCCCACCAAUUGCCUGAAAUGACCAAAGAGUAUAUAUCACAGCUGGUGUUCGACCCAAAACACAAAACAUUGGCUCUGAUCAAAGAGGGUCGGCCCAUUGGCGGAAUUUGCUUCAGGACUUUCCGUUCUCAGGGCUUCAGCGAGAUAGUAUUCUGCGCGGUGACAUCCAACGAGCAAGUGAAGGGCUACGGAACCCACCUGAUGAACCACCUGAAGGACCACCACAUCCGGAACAACAUCCUACACUUCCUCACAUUCGCUGACGAGUUCGCUAUAGGCUACUUCAAGAAGCAGGGCUUCAGCAAGGACAUAAAGCUGCCUCGUGCCAUGUACCAGGGCUACAUAAAGGACUACGAGGGCGCCACGCUCAUGCACUGCGAACUCAACCCCCGCAUCGUGUACACCAGCUUCACCGGCGUCAUCCGCAAGCAGAAGGAGAUUGUGAAAAAAUUAAUAGACAUGCGGCAAAAGGAAGUAAGAAAGAUUCAUCCUGGUCUUACUUGUUUCAAAGAAGGGGUGCGCAGCAUCCCGGUGGAGUGUAUCCCGGGCGUGCGGGAGACGGGAUGGCGCCCCCUCACCCGCGCGCCCGUGCCCCCGCCCGACGCCGACCCCGUCGCGCUCAGGAAUGUGCUGCACGCCGUUCGCAACCACGCGGCCGCCUGGCCCUUCCUCAAGCCGGUGGACAAGGCCGAGGUGCCAGAUUACUACGACCACAUCAAAUAUCCCAUGGACCUGCGCACCAUGGGCGAGCGUUUGAAAUCGCGGUACUACGUGUCUAAGAGGCUAUUCAUAGCUGACAUGACUAGAAUUUUCACCAACUGUCGGCUAUACAACUCGCCAGAUACAGAUUAUUACAGAUGCGCGAACACGUUGGAAAAAUACUUCCACACCAAGAUGAAAGAGGCCGGGCUGUGGGACAAAUGAUCCAAGUUCGAUUUCGACGAGUUCUUCGUGAAGGAAGUCGCGGGCAACGUUCAAGUCGAAUGAUUUUGUUGUAGAUAAUUUUGUGUAUGCUGUCUUUUUAAGACUGAUUUUGUUUACGUCUGAUGAGUAAGAUAUAUAAUUAGAAAUGACGUGAAGAAGUAGAAAAGCGAACCCUGAAUUACGUCGCUUUACGGCUGAAGAUGUAACUAGGAAAACGUUUAGAUGAGAGAGAAGAUUCAUAAAUAUUAUCUCUUCAUUGAAUUAUAAAUUUUAUGAAGUUCUUAAUAAAUGAUAUCUGAUAGAUACUUUGUCAGCCAGUGGUGAAAGAGGCUCUAAAUGUAUUUUCUUAGUAUUGUGGAUACGAAUGAAUAAAAAUUUUGUAUACGAUUGAUUGGUAACAAGGUACCUACAGGAAAAAUAGUUACAUGUUUAUAUUACGACAAUAGUCUGACAACUGGGGAUGACGUCGACCGUACGAAGUGGAGACGAAAAUGUAGGAAAGCACAACCUGGGCUCCGAAGCUCAACGGUUGGGAAGAAACCGGAAAACGCUCAGAUGAGAGGGAGGGAGGGUAUAAGUUACCCCAUUUACGCAUGAAAAGUGAACCAUGAAAAGUUACUAGUUUUAUACGUGCCACGGUUUGUCCAAUUAAUAUUUGCCCAUGUCAUGUUAUUAAUGUGAAAGUAUGUUUGUUCUUCUUUCAUGUCAAAACGGAGUAAUAAUUAAUGUGAUAUUUUUAGUGGAGCUAAGAGGGGUAUAUAAUCUGGUUUAGGGCGGGCAACAGCUAGUGUCCCGUAAAUCGUCUCCUGCGCAGGCAAACAACAUGACAAUGCAAAUAAACUGUUUUAUGGUCGUAUUUCUUUCAUCUAUCGUGGCGCAUGUAACGUGCAAAUUAGGGCAUUAUUUAAUUAAAAUAGGGAAGUUUAUGGGAUGUGAUUUUAAUAUAAAUAUAAUUCGAACUACAUGGAUAAAUUAUGAUUUUGUUAUAAUAAGUAGCAAUGCAGUCACAGAAGGAAAUUAUGUAAUCUUGAAAAUCAAUUUAAUAAAUUGAUUAUUUUUGGAAAAACUACAUAAUGUGAGUUAUUAGAUUAUUCAUCAUGUGCUCAUUUACAAUGAAAUGUAAAUAAGACAUAUUUUGGCACAUUGAUUACUUUGUUAUAAAUUAAUCUGAUACCAAAAUGCUACAUAGGUUUAUUUAGCAUAUUAGGUAAAUUGCAGAUGUAAUAGUGCAUUUUAAACAAAAAUAAUUAAUAUGCUAGCAUUAUUAAUUAGUUUUAAGUUAUCUAUUCUAUUACUAGUGUUAACACUCUUAGCGUAACCGCUAGAUGUAUGUUAGUGGAUAAUUGUAAAUAGCCUGAAAAUAAUAAAUCAAUUCUAAAAUCCA